CCCGCAUACUAAUACCGUGAUCGCGAGGACUGCUUUCGAGUACAAGCCCACCAUCGACGGUCAUGAGUGCCCUACUAUGCCUCAGGGCGACUCAGGGCACGCGACCCUUCCAUUCCAAGCAGGCGGCAGCUCUUCUGCUCCGUGCAUUCCACCGAUCCCCAAUUGCGAGAGCAGAGGAGACUGCCACCCCCGCCGGCACCCCAUACAGCAAGCUCACUGUCGGAGUCGCCCUUGAGACAUUUCCCGAUGAGCGUCGCGUCGCUCUCACACCUCAGAAUGCCGCCGCCUUGCUCAAGAAGGGCUUCUCUCGCGUGCUCGUCGAAACAGGCGCUGGGCGUGAGGCUCAGUUCCUCGAUGACCAGUACAAGGCUGCCGGCGCUACCAUCGUGAACAAGGACGACCUAUAUGCUGGAACCGACAUCCUUCUCAAAGUUCGGCCUCCGUUGUUUGGACAGACCUCGACAGAAGUAGACAAGAUGAAGAAGGACAGCACUCUCGUCAGCUUCCUCUACCCUGGUCAGAACAAGCAACUCAUCGAGGCGCUGGGGAAGAAGGAGAUUAACGCUUUGGCAAUGGAGUGUAUACCUCGUGUGUCGCGGGCUCAGGUGUUUGAUGCUCUGAGCUCUAUGGCCAAUAUCGCUGGUUACAAGGCCGUCUUGGAGGCUGCUAACCACUUUGGUCGUUUCCUGACAGGACAAACGACUGCUGCUGGGAAGAUCCCUCCCUGCAAGGUCCUUGUCAUCGGUGCUGGAGUCGCUGGUCUCUCUGCUAUUGCCACUGCUCGUCGUAUGGGAGCUAUCGUCCGUGGUUUUGAUACCCGUCCGGUCGCUCGCGAACAGGUCGAAUCUCUGGGCGCCGAGUUUCUUGAAGUCACAGGCAUUCAAGAGGACGGCUCCGGUGCCGGGGGAUAUGCCAAAGUCAUGAGCAAGGAGUUCAUUGAGAAAGAGAUGGAAUUGUUCAUGGACCAAUGCCGGAACAACGUCGACAUAAUCAUCACUACUGCGUUGAUCCCCGGCAAGCCAGCUCCCAAGCUGAUUACGAAGGAGAUGGUCGCAGCCAUGAAGCAAGGCUCUGUCAUCGUCGAUCUAGUUGCUGAGGCCGGUGGGAACUGCGAGCUGACUCAAGCCGGUAAAGUCGUUCAGAACAAUGGCGUCACCAUCAUCGGAUACACCGAUCUUCCGUCUCGUCUGCCCACACAAUCAUCCACGCUCUACUCCAAUAACAUCACGAAGUUCUUGCUUUCGAUCAGCAGUACACCUGGCUACUUCAAUAUUGACCAUAGUGAUGACGUUGUUCGUGGCGCCUUGAUCCUCGAGAAAGGCAAGCUCAUGUGGCCGCCUCCCCCAUCUGCCGUCGCUGCUCCCCCACCUCUUCCACCCAAGAUUGAGGCAAAGGAGGAAGUCACCGCUAUUACACCCUGGCAGAAGGCAUCUCGCGAGGUCGCGCUCACGACUGCGGGUGUGGGUGGAGUAUUGGCACUCGGCAAGGCAACCGGCUCGGCUUUUAUGGACAACUUCUUCACUUUUGGUCUCGCUUCUCUCAUCGGCUACCGCGUAGUAUGGGGUGUCGCUCCAGCAUUACACUCUCCCCUCAUGAGUGUCACGAACGCUAUCUCUGGCAUGGUUGCAGUAGGAGGUCUCUUCGUCAUGGGAGGCGGUUAUUUCCCGGGCACGAUCCCACAAGCGCUUGGUGCGCUCUCAGUGGCCCUCGCAUUCGUGAACAUAUUUGGUGGCUUCGUUGUUACGCAGCGCAUGCUGGAUAUGUUCAAGCGACCCACUGAUCCUCCAGAAUACCCGUGGUUGAACUUCGUCCCAGCGGCAGUAUUUACUGGGGGCUUUAUCACUUCGGCCGCGACCGGCAUGUCUGGUCUCGUUCAAGCUGGUUACUUGGCAAGCAGUGUACUAUGUAUUGGUGCGCUCUCGGGGUUAUCAUCCCAGACUACGGCACGUCAAGGCAACGCUUUCGGCAUUCUCGGCGUAGGAAGUGGUGUGUUGGCAUCCCUCGGUGCUGUUGGCUUUGCGACUCCGGUUCUGGCACAGUUUGGUGCCGUGGCUGGUAUAGGCGCUGUGGUUGGCACUUGGAUCGGUCGCCGAAUUACCGGCACUGAUCUUCCACAGACGGUUGCGGCGUUGCACUCCGUUGUCGGUCUUGCUGCCGUUUUGACAUCAAUUGGCAGCGUCCUUGGGAAUCUCACCCAUGUUUCCACUUUGCACAUGGUCACCGCCUACCUCGGUGUUCUGAUCGGUGGGAUUACAUUCACUGGCUCCAUUGUGGCAUUCCUCAAGUUGGCAGGGAAGAUGAGUUCCAAGCCGCUCGUAUUUCCCGGCCGCCAUCUGGUCAAUGGCGGAAUGUUAGCUGCCAACCUUGGUCUGAUGGUUCCAUUCCUCUCAGCAGGACCCGCUGCUCCCCUAAUUGCCGCUGGUUGUCUGCUUGGAAAUACGGUCCUCAGCUUUAUAAAAGGCUGGACUCUGACUGCGGCUGUUGGAGGGGCAGACAUGCCCGUCUGUAUUACCGUCUUGAAUUCGUACUCCGGUUUUGCCCUCGUCGCCGAAGGUCUCAUGUUGGAAAAUCCUCUCCUCACAACUGUCGGUAGUUUGAUUGGAGUGAGUGGUGCAAUUCUGUCGUACAUCAUGUGCCGAGCAAUGAAUCGAUCAAUAACCAAUGUAUUAUUCGGCGGUAUUCCACCUAUGCCAGCUCACGCGGAUGGACCUAAAAUCACGGGAACCGUAACCGCUACUACGGUAGAAGAGGUCGCAGAAGUCUUGAAGAAUGCUGAAAGCGUAAUCAUCACGCCUGGCUAUGGAAUGGCUGUUGCUAAAGCUCAGUUCACGAUUGCCGAAAUCACGAAGGAUCUCGCUGCCAUGGGUGUGAAAGUGCGGUUCGGUGUACAUCCUGUCGCUGGACGCAUGCCUGGCCAGCUGAACGUGCUGCUGGCUGAGGCAUCCGUUCCGUAUGAUGUGGUCCUGGAGAUGGAUGACAUCAACGAGGACUUUGCCGACACUGAUGUUGUCUUAGUUAUUGGCGCAAACGACACUGUGAAUCCUAUCGCGCUCGAGCCUGGCUCCUCAAUCGCGGGUAUGCCAGUGCUCCAUGUUUGGAAAGCCAAGCACGUUAUAGUCAUGAAACGAAGCAUGUCAAGUGGCUACGCGGACGUCCCCAACCCGUUGUUCUAUAUGCCCAACACGCGCAUGUUGUUCGGUGACGCGAAGACCACAACCGAUGCUAUUAAGAAAGCGAUAGAGGAGAAAUCCUAGAUAUUGCUAGACAGUUACUAGACAUCUUUCCUUCGCACUUCUGGGAGGUAUGUUCCAUUUGUAUCUUAGUCAUUCUUGUUGAUUACCUAGUGGAUCUUGGC